AUGACCAUCACUCUGUACAACAUAAAUGGGAGUCCACCCUGCAACUUAGUGCGCACACUUGCCAAGCAUGUGGGCAUUGAGUUGAAUCUUAAGAACUUGGACGCUGCCAACAAGGAGCACCUCAGGGAUGAAUACCUCAAGGUAAAUCCAUUCCACAAGGUUCCUGCGAUUGACGAUGAAGGUUUUAUUCUCUAUGAAAGUAAUGCCAUCGCCUACUACUUGCUCCGCAAGUACGCUCCCGACUCGGAGCUCUACCCGGCCUGCAUCAAGACUCGCUCCCAGAUCGACCAAAUUCUCUCAGCGGUUGUCACUACAAUUCACUAUGCAACGGUGGAUUCCCUCCGUCCAGUAUUCCUUCGGAAGACCAAGCCGACGGCCGAGGAGAUAACAGCAUUGGAACAGAAUGUCAUCACAGGGCUGGAACACCUGAUCGGUGACGGCAAGUUCGCGGUCGGCGACACCUUCACCCUCGCCGAUAUUGCAUUGACCGGACGCAUCGCCAUGUUUCUCGAGAGCAACUUGGUCGACCCUUCGAAGUUUCCUAAGCUGGCAAGCUACUACGAUCGAGUCAAGCGCGAGCAGCCUUAUUUUGAGGAAAUUUACAGGCCGGCCAUAGACAACGUCAAGCGGCUGUGGGCUGAUCUUAAAUAG